AUGUCGCUUACUCCGUCCAACGCUCGAAUGAGGGAUGCCACCCUGGGAGCCGGCGUCAAACUCGCACCCACGCCGUCGCCCUUCAUGACUGCCAGAGCCAACCUCCGCUCUCCUAUCAAGACGGCCCGCGCCGAGGCGACCCUGACUCUGCGCACCGUGAUAGGGACUACAGCCCGCACGGCCAAUGCCUUCGACAGCCUCCCCUCGGCGCGCUGCUUUGCCUACACGGCCGGUACCGCCGCUGUCGUGGCCACCGUCGACGACCAGCACACCAUCUCACAGCGCUUCUACCGCGCUCGACCCACCACGAACCCCGUCAACUCGUCCUCGUCCAUAUACGGCGGCCCCUCGACACCCACGCAGAAUGAAAGCCGCAAUAGGGCGGCUGCGUCACUGCGCGAUGUCAGUCUCGGCGCAUCGCCUCUUGCGUCGCCAGCACUGAACGACUGGAGCGACUCGCCAAACAACAGAGCAUGGACGGCACGCGAGAAGAUCAAAGCCGCGACGUGUGUGAGCUUCAGUCCAGACGGAAGGUUUCUGGCGGUCGGUGAGACAGGGUACAAACCUCGCGUGCUCAUCUUCUCCAACGCGUCGGAUGCCCCGUCAGACACGCCCUUGACUUCUCUGAUCGAGCACCAGUAUGGCGUCAACUGUGUCGCCUUCAGUCCCGACUCGCGAUAUCUUGCGAGCAUCGGAACCGCCCAGGACGGCUUCCUUUACGUGUGGAGCGUCCACCCUCGCACCGGAGCCGCGACCCUGCACUCCAGCAACAAAUGUGUCAGCAGCAUCAACCGGAUGACCUGGAUGGGCAACAAGCUCAUCACCGUGGGCACGAGACACGUCAAGGUGUGGUCUCUUGAAGAGCGCAGCCCGGUCCAACGGGCCCCCUUAAAACCACGUCCGAGCGACAUGUUCGUUGGCAGCACCAACAAGCCGCUGUCUGGCAGAAACUGUCUGCUAGGAGAUCUCCAGGACGCGAUAUUCACGAGCGUGUGCCAGGUAGCACCUAACAAGGCUAUAGUGGCGUCUGACCGCGGCGACCUCUGUCUCAUUGACGAGACCGACCGAGAGCAAAGCUUUUUUCGCGUAGCACAUGCGGGAUUUUCAGUCAGCUCAAUGGCAGUUGACGGCAAGGGGAGACUUCAUCUUGCAGGCAAUCAGGGAGGGUGGAAGACGUUCACUGUGGCCAGUCUCACCAGUAAAAUGACUCCGCCGCCGUCACCAUCCACUCAAAGCUCUCGAGGCGAGUCGCCCACCGUCUCCAUCACAGAUUGCCAUAACCAGAUCACCGCAAUCGCAUGUCUGGACGACCACAUUGUAACCGUAGACUCGCAACGUGCAAUUCGGCUGUCCCAUCUGUGCGCAAGCCUCCAAGACCCCGGCUCCGCUUCAAGCCCAAACGACGAGACAAAUAUUGGCGACGUCAUCCAUACCCUGCCUGCCCAAGGUGACUCUGUGCUGGGCGUUGGAGUCCUGUCCCAGCCAAACAACCUCGAUGCCUCGUACUACACCUGGGCUGCUGAUGGCGGCGUCAUCUUCUGGAGUCAGGCUGGUAGUACCCAAAGAUCCCUCCAGGUUGCACUUGAACCAUCACCGGAGACAGACUUGCCGAAUGAGCUCCGUACGGUACGCGCCUCGUCUGGUGCCAGCUUUCUUGUCACUGGAGACAAGCUGGGUGUUUUGAGAGUUCUCGACUGUAGAUAUGAGGCUGUGAUCUUCGAGUCAAGAGCGCAUUCGAACGAGAUCACUAGCAUUGCAAUCUUUGAAGACGAGAGCUCUACUCUUAUCGCCUCUGCAAGCAGAGAUCGCACCGUGCAGAUAUUCAGUCGAGAGAAGGGCAAAUGGACGUUGCUACAGACACUGGACGAGCAUGCUGGAGCGGUCUCUGGUGUACAGUUCUCGCGGAAUGGGACACGCCUUGUCUCCUCGUCGAGCGAUCGCAGCAUUGUUGUCCGCGAAAUGCUAACUCGGGAGGAAGACGGCGAAACUAUCCGCGUCUUCAACUUCCUUCGCUGCAUAGCUUUCAAGUCGACUCCAGUUUCCAUGGCAUGGGAUGUCGACCAGGAUGAUGUGUUGAUUGCAUCGACCAUUGACCGUCAGGUGCACAAGUACGACCUACAGAGCGGGCAAUACCUCAGUAACUUCAAAGCGUCAGACAACGAUGGCGGCGAUGCUGUCGUCAUGCACUCUUUGGCUCAUGUAUCACGCGAGUGGGGCUCUCCGCUCAUCGCAGGAGUGUCAAGCACUGACAAAUCGAUACGUAUCUACGACGAGAGCGGUACGCUCCUCGCUCGGGACUGGGGCCACACUGAGGGAGUCACCGACAUUGCAUUUGUUCAGCCAUUGAAGUCGGAGGACGAGGAUUCGCGUGAGAAGUCUCUCGUCACGGUCGCUGUGGACGGGACCAUCUUCGUCUGGGGUCUGGCUUUGCAGUCACCAUGCCGGCAGGAGAUGUCCAGGUCCAUGGACAUACUGGAAACAUCGUCGCAGUCAACACCAAGUCUGUUGGCUAGCAGACCUCCAAUACGCCGCGUGUUGUCACAGUCAGAGCUUGCCAAGUUCCAGCGCUCACCGGAAGACAGUGGCAGCGCAACUCCCACUGGGAACAGGUCGCCUACAUUGAAGAAGAAGCUUUCCAAGUUCUCGCUGCAAAAGACGCAAACACCAAGACUCGACCCCUCACCGUUGCCUAGCAGUAUACGGGAGAGGAGAAACGGCGGCACAACUAAUCACACAUUUCUUCGCCGCAAGAACAACACGUCGCCCUCGCCUCCAGCAUCGCCAAAAGGGCGUAUCACAACACGGCGUGCUUCGCUAGACGUCAGAUCAAGGGGCAACCUGAAAGCCCCGGCAAGCGAGUACGGCAGCCUCACGACAGCAAGCGAGGGAUUCUGCAGACAGCUGAAAGCGUAUCGCAAACGACUCGCCAACAGCACCGAGACAUUGGACAUGGAGCUGGUCAAAGAGGUGCAACGCGAGCUCGCGACAACCGCCCGAGCCAUCAGCGAGAAAGCCAGGAGCACUGAAUUCGACGAGACCGCUGUGACCAAGUUUCUGGACCAGUACUCGGAGCGGCUUGUGGGCAUUCUCGACGAACGCAUCGCGGCCAGUGUGGCGCUGCGCACGCGCCACGACACCGAAGCAGCGGUGUCGACGCCCUUGCGGUCUCCGGCGGAUUACAGACGGUCUCCGAGCCCGCUGGGUCAGGGCAAGGAUUCCACCGCGGCGGGUGAGGAGCCUGGCGAGCUCCUCACCCCGUCGACGACUCGAUCGUCUUCUAAAUAG